AUGGAUUUAUCUGCGGAUCGUGUUGAAGAAGUACAAAAUGUUCUUAAUGCUAUGCAGAAAAUCUUAGAGUGUCCAAUAUGUCUGGAGUUGAUCAAAGAGCCUGUUUCUACAAAGUGUGAUCACAUAUUUUGCAAAUUUUGUAUGCUGAAACUUCUCAACCAGAGGAAGGGGCCUUCACAGUGUCCUUUGUGUAAGAACGAUAUAACCAAAAGGAGCCUACAAGAAAGUACAAGAUUUAGUCAACUUGUUGAAGAGUUGUUGAAAAUCAUUCAUGCUUUUGAGCUGGACACAGGAUUGCAGUUUGCAGACAGCUAUAACUUUUCCAAAAAGGAAAAUAACUCUCCUGAGCAUCUAAAGGAGGAAGUUUCUAUUAUCCAAAGUAUGGGCUAUCGAAACCGUGCCAAAAGACUUCGACAGAGUGAACCUGAAAACCCUACCUUGGAAACCAGUCUUAGUGUCCAACUCUCUAACCUUGGAAUUGUGAGAUCUCUGAGGACAAAGCAGCAGAUACAGCCUCAGAAUAAGUCUGUCUACAUUGAAUUGGGGUCUGAUUCUUCUGAAGAUACAGUUAAUAAGGCAAGUUCUUGCAGUGUGGGAGAUGACAAGUUAGAAAUCACCUCUCAAGGAGCCAGGGCUGAAGCCAGUUUGAAUCCUGCAAAAAAGGCUGCUUGUGAAUUUUCUGGGGACAUAACAAAUAUUGAACAUCAUCAAUCCGGUAAUAAAGAUUUGACCACCACUGAGAAGCAUGCAACUAAGAAGCAUCCAGAAAAGUAUCAGGGUAUUUCUGUUUCAAACUUGCAUGUGGAGCCAUGUGGCACAAAUACUCAUGCCAGCUCAUUACAGCAUGAGAACAGCAGUUUAUUACUCACUAAACACAGAAUGAAUGUAGAAAAGGCUGAAAUCUGUAAUAACAGCAAACAGCCUGGCUUAGCAAGGAGCCAACAGAGCAGAUGGGCUGAAAGUAAGGAAACAUGUAAUGAUAGGCAGAUUCCCAGCACAGAGAAAAAGGUAGUUGUGAAUGCUGAUCUCCUGUGUGGGAGAAAAGAACUGAAUAAACAGAAACCUCCACACUCUGAUAGUCCUAGAGAUUCCCAAGAUGUUCCUUGGAUAACACUGAAUAGUAGCAUACGGAAAGUUAAUGAGUGGUUUUCCAGAAGUGACGAAAUAUUAACUUCUGAUGAUUCACAUGACAGAGGAUCUGAAUUGAAUACUGAAGUAGGUGGUGCAGUAGAAGUUCCAAAUGAAGUGGGUGAAUAUUCUGGUUCUUCUGAGAAAAUAGACUUAAUGGCCAGUGAUCCUCAGGAUGCUUUCAUAUGUGAAAGUGAAAGAGUCCACACCAAGCCAGUAGGAGGUAAUAUCGAAGAUAAAAUAUUUGGAAAAACCUAUCGGAGGAAGGCAAGCCUCCCUAAGGUGAGCCACACAACUGAAGUUCUAACUAUAGGAGCGUGUGCUAUAGAACCUCAGACAAUGCAAACCCAUCCCUUCAUGAAUAAAGCAGAGCAUAAAAGGAGAACUACAUCUAGCCUUCAUCCUGAGGAUUUUAUCAAGAAAGUAGAGUUAGGCAUUGUUCCAAAGACUCCUGAAAAGCUAAUUGAGGGAAUCAACCAAAUCAAGCGAGAUGGUCAUGUGAUAAAUAUUACAAAUAAUGGUCCUGAGAAUGAAACAGAAGGUGAUUAUGUUCAGAAAGAGAAAAAUGCUAACCCAACAGAAUCAUUGGAAAAAGAAUCUGCUUUUAGAACCAAAACUGAACCAAUGAGCAGCAGGAUAAGCAAUAUGGAACUGGAAUUAAAUAGCUCCAGUUCAAAAGCACCUAAGAAGAACAGGCUGAGGAGGAAGUCCUCUGCCAGGCACACUUGUGCCCUUGAAUUCGUAGUCAAUAGAAAUCUAAACCCACCUGAUCAUAGUGAACUACAGAUUGAAAGUUGUUCUAGCAGUGAAGAGAUGAAGAAACAGCAUCUGGACCAAGUACCAGUCAGACACAACAAAACACUUCAGCUCAUGCAAGAUAAAGAACCUGCAGGUAGAGCUAAGAAAAGUAGUAAGCCAGGAGAACAAAUAAAUAAGAGACUCGCCAGCCAUGCUUUUCCAGAGCUAACUUUAACAAAUGUAUCUGGUUUUUUUGCUAACUAUUCAAGUUCUAGUAAGCCUCAAGAGUGCAUCAACCCUGGCCUUCGAAGAGAAGAAAUAGAAGAGAGCCGAAGAAUGACUCAAGUGUCUGAUAGUACCAGAGAUCCCAAAGAGCUGGUAUUGAGUGGAGGAAGAGGUUUGCAAACUGAGAGAUCUGUAGAGAGUACCAGUAUUUCAUUGGUACUUGAUACUGAUUAUGGUACACAGGACAGUAUCUCAUUACUGGAAGCUGACACCCUGAGGAAGGCAAAAACAGUAUCAAAUCAACAGGCGAAUCUGUGUGCAACAAUUGAGAACCCCAAGGAACCUAUCCAUGGUUGUUCUAAGGACACUAGAAAUGACACAGAGGGUUUUGUAGUUCCAUUGACGUGCAAAGAUAACCACACUCAAGAGACAAGCAUAGAAAUGGAAGAGAGUGAACUUGACACGCAGUGCUUACGCAAUAUGUUCAAGGUUUCAAAGCGUCAGUCAUUUGCUCUGUUUUCAUAUCCAAGAGAUCCGGAAGAGGACUGUGUAACAGUCUGUCCCCGCUCUGGGGCCUUUGGAAAACAAGGUCCAAAAGUCACUCUAGAAUGUGGACAGAAAGAAGAAAGUCAGGGAAAGAAAGAGUCUGAAAUCAGACAUGUGCAGGCAGUUCAUACAAAUGCAGGCUUUUCUGCAGUUAGUCAGAAAGCUAAGAAGCCAGGCGAUUUUGCCAAAUGUAGCAUAAAGGGAGUCUCUCGGCUUUGUCUGUCAUCUCAGUUCAAAGGCAAGGAAACUGAACUCCUUAUUGCAAAUUACCAUGGAAUUUCCCAAAACCCUUAUCAUAUACCACCACUUUCUCCCAUCAGAUCAUGUGUUAAAACUCUAUGUCAGGAAAACCUGUCAGAGGAAAAGUUUGAGCAACAUUCAAUGUCACCCGAAAGAGCAGUGGGAAAUGAGAGAGUCAUUCAAAGUACAGUGAGCACAAUUAGCCAAAAUAACAUUAGAGAAUGUGCUUCUAAAGAAGUCGGCUCAAGCAGUGUUAAUGAAGUAGUUUCCAGUACUAAUGAAGUAGGCUCUAGUGUUAAUGAAGUAGGUUCCAGUGGUGAAAACAUUCAAGCAGAACUAGGUAGAAACCGAGGACCUAAAUUAAAUGCUAUGCUCAGAUUAGGUCUUAUGCAACCUGAAGUCUGUAAGCAAAGCCUUUCUUUAAGUAAUUGUAAACAUCCAGAAAUGAAAUGGCAAGGACAAAGUGAAGGAGCAGUUCUGUCUGUUAGUGCAGAUUUCUCUCCAUGUCUGAUUUCAGAUAACCCAGAACAACCUAUGGGAAGUAGUCGGUCUUCUCAGGUUUGUUCUGAGACACCUGAUGACCUAUUAAAUGGUGACAAAAUAAAGGGAAAAGUCAGCUUUGCUGAAAGUGACAUUAAGGAAAAAUCUGCUGUGUUUAGCAAAAGUGUCCAGAGUGGAGAGUUCAGCAGAAGCCCUAGCCCUUCAGACCAUACACGUUUGGCCCAGGGUUACCAGAGAGGGACCAAGAAAUUAGAGUCCUCAGAAGAGAACAUGUCUAGUGAGGAGGAAGAGCUUCCCUGCUUCCAACACUUAAUAUUUGGUAAAGUAACCAACAUGCCUUCUCAGUCUACCAGUCACAAUGCAGUUGCCGCAGAGGGUCUAUCUAACAAAACAGAGGAGAACCUAGACUCAUUGAAGAAUAGUUUAAGUGACAUCAGUAACCAGGUACCGUCAGCAAAGGCAUCCCAGGAACAUCACCUUAGUGAGGAAGCAAGAUGUUCUGGCAGCUUAUUUUCUUCACAGUGCAGUGCUUUGGAAGACUUGACUGUAAAUACAAAUACCCAGGAUCCUUUCUCGAUGUUUGAUCCUACUUCCAAACAAGUGAGGCAUCAAUCUGAAAAUCUGGACGUUCUGAAUGACAAGGAAUUGGUUUCAGAUGAUGAUGAUGAAAGGGAACCUGGCCUGGAAGAGGAUAGUCCUCAAGAAGAGCAGAGUGUGGAUUCAGACUUAGGUGAAGUGGCAUCUGGAUAUGAGAGUGAAACGAGCCUCUCUGAAGACUGUUCCAGGUUGUCCUCUCAGAGUGAUAUUUUAACCACUCAGCAGAGAGAUACCAUGCAAGAUAACCUGAUAAAGCUCCAGCAGGAAAUGGCUGAACUGGAAGCUGUGUUAGAGCAGCAUGAGAGCCAGCCCUCUAACAGCUCCCCUUCCCUUAUAGCAGAUUCUUGUUCGCCUGAGGAUCUGCUGAAUCCGGAACAAAACGCAUCAGAAAGAGUAUUAACUUCAGAGAAAAGUAGUGACUCUCCUAUAAGCCAGAAUCCCGAAAGCCUUUCUACUGACAAAUUUCAAGUAUUUCUGGAUAGUUCCACCAGUAAAAAUGGAGAACCAGGAAUGAUACGGUCUUCCCCUUCACAGUCCCGGUUGUUAGAUACUAGAUGGUAUGUACACAGCUGCCCAAGGAGUCUUCAGGACACUAACUGCCCAUCUCAGAAGGAGCUCACUAAGGUUGUCAGUAUGGAGGAGCAACAACCAACUGAGUCAGAAGCAAGAGAUCUCAUGGAGCAAUCUUAUUUGUCAAGACCAGAUCUGGAGGGAGCCCCUUACCUCGAAUCUGGAAUCAGCCUUUUCUCUGAUGACCCUGAGUCUGAUCCCUCGUCACACAGAGCCUCAGAGCUGGCUCAUGUUAGCAGCAUGCCAACUUCAACCUCUGCGUUGAAAUUACCCCAAUUUCAGGUCGAAGAAUCAGCCAAGAGUACAGCUGCUGUCCAUAUUGCUAGUACUGCUGGGUAUAAUAAAAGCGAAGACAGUGUGGGCAUAGAAAAGCCAGAAGUGAUAUCUUCAACAAGAGGAGUCAACAAAAGAAUAUCUAUGGUGGCAUCAGGCUUGACCCCAAAAGAAUUUAUGCUUGUGCACAAGUUUGCCAGAAAACACCACAUCUCUUUAACUAAUCUAAUUUCUGAAGAGACAACUCAUGUCAUUAUGAAAACAGAUGCUGAGUUUGUGUGCGAACGAACACUGAAAUAUUUUCUGGGUAUUGCAGGAGGAAAAUGGGUAGUUAGCUAUUUCUGGGUAACCCAGUCUAUUAAAGAAAGAAAGAUACUAGAUGAGCAUGAUUUUGAAGUCAGAGGAGAUGUUGUGAAUGGAAGAAAUCACCAGGGUCCGAAGCGAGCAAGAGAAUCCCAGGACAGAGAAUCCCAAGACAGAAAGAUCUUCAGGGGCCUAGAAAUCUGUUGCUAUGGACCCUUUACCAACAUGCCCACAGAUCAAUUAGAGUGGAUGGUGCACCUCUGUGGGGCUUCUGUGGUGAAGGAGCCUUCGUUAUUCACCCUCAGCAAGGGCACUCAUCCAGUGGUAGUCGUGCAGCCGGACGCCUGGACAGAGGACAGUGGCUUCCAUGCGAUUGGGCAGAUGUGUGAGGCACCUGUGGUGACCCGAGAGUGGGUACUGGACAGUGUAGCCCUCUACCAGUGCCAGGAGCUGGACACCUACCUGAUCCCGCAGAUUCCCAGAGCUGCUGCAGACUCCAGCCAGCCAUGCGUGUAA